AUGUCCUGGCUGAAGAGAAACACGGGGAAAUCUGCUCAAUUGCCAAGGUUGGACGAUUUUUUUCUGAUUUGGUUGAGGCUUUCAAGGUCGACUUAGGAGUGUCGGAGGGGACUUGCCAUCUCUUUUCGGUGAACAUUAGAAUCGCCGUUUUUGUAAGCAAAGGGGAAUCUGUGAUAACAACAGUAUGAUAAUGAAGAAAUUGAUGGUUUUCCGUAUUUUGCACUUGGGUAUGUUAUACUAGCCCUUUACCCAUCCCAUUGAUUAUAGACCGUUCUGUCUGCAGAUGACUAAUCUCACAUCACCCACUUGGUCGGGCAUUGACCUCGAAUGAUUUCAUUGCUAAUUUCGCAAAGAAUUCGGUUAUUUUUGAACGUUUUUCCCCGGAUGAGUCACUCCCCAAGGGCCCUAAAAACAUUUAUUGUUUGGAGAAAUCUUUGAGAAAAAACUGUUUGGACUCGCUUGCCGGGGGUGUUCACUUUUUGUUUUUGGUUCGAAAGUGGGUAAGGGGAAGGUUUUUUGAUGCGAAAAUUUUAUUUUGUUAGGAGGGUAGACAAGUUGUGUACACUAAGGUUUCUUUCAAGAAUUUUUUUGUGAUUCUUUUCUGUUAGCUGUCACAGAUAGUCUCUACUAAAGAGUACAAUUAGUUGUGGAUACAAGUCGCGUGUGAAUUACAGAAAAUCGCCGCUUUUCUUUGUUUUUAUGACAUCUGAAACUUGCUGAUAAGGAUGAUGUUUUUGAUAAUCUUUCUAAAUUUCAUAACCCUUAAUGUGGUCUACAUGAUGUUUUGUUAACUAUGUUUUGAUUAGAAGAAAGCGAUAUAAAAAUAUUUUUUCAUUUCUAUGAACUGCACCUUGUUCGAUUAAGGUACCUAUAAAGUCUCUUAUUAUUAGCUUUACCUCAGGUUUCAUGAUGUUUCAGUUUUUUCGAACUAUCGGCUUUUUAAAAUUCUUUUCCACUCGUUUUACCGGUUUUGUUUAUUGAAUAUGAAGUGUAAUGUGUAAUAUAACGUGUUUCAGGAUGGCAAACCGCAGAAACUUUUUGGCCGCACCGGGCAAACCGGCGUCGGAGGUGGAUAUCGCGAGCAGGGUCACUUCCUACAUGGAGACAUGCAUGUCCUUGACGGAAGAAGUGAAGCAAUCAGUAAAGGAAGGCCUUGGUGUCCUAAAUCAAAGAAGACGUAAUGCCUUCUUCAACGACGACAUCGGGAAAACGUUGAGUAGUGUUGAAGCCAUCCAUUUGUAAGUCUUUUGAUUUUAUUUGUUUUUGUUUUUAGGUAUAGAGAAGGGAUUAAUGAGGGAAAGGAUCCGAAAUACCCGCGGUUGAAACGGGUGGUUAUUAGAAGGUUUCUAGUCUACAAGUCCAUUCGGUCUACCUGUGUUUCAUUCCAUUUGCUUAUAGGUACUACGACUCUUUCGUCGCUCUCGAAGAGAAGAUCCCGAUCAGAGAUGGGGAAUGUCCAGUUCCUUUCCGAUGGAAGAGUGCGUUCGAUAAAGGUGGAUUGUUUGGAGGAAAACGGGAUUUGAGUAAGUUAUGAUUUCUUCCGCAUAUUGUUUCACAUCUUCAAAUAUAAUUCUUUUCGUAUUUUAGCACACAACUACGGAUCGUACGAAAAGGCAUGUGUUCUGUUCAACAUUGCCGCCUACCAGUCCCAAUUUGUCUGCACAAGACCUCUUCAAGAUGAUGAGGAACUUCGGCAAGCCGUUGGUUUCUUCAAAUCUUCGGCCAACAUUUUUGAUUACCUGAAGAAUGAAGCCAUGCAUUUGGUACAUGAUGAGCUCCCUAAAGACAUGCAACCACAAUUAUUGAAUGCACUAGGUCAAUUGAUGAUCACUCAAGCCAAUGAAAUUAUGUACAUCAAGGCCGUCAAGGGUAAUUGGAUUUAAUUUUGAUUUCUCGUUUGGCAUUUAGAGAGCUUAUGGUUUAUUUUGCAGACAAGAACAGCCCAGCGAUCCUGAAAACAGUGGCUAUGCAACUCUCUGAUUCGUAUGGCCAAUUGUACAAGCUGUUUAAUUACGAACAGGCCAGGGGAAUUGUGGAUAAGGUGAGUUUAUUUAAUUAGUUUGGAAGUUUUGGUUGGUGAUUGGUUUGGCCAGAUUAAUUUGACCUUUUUCAGCAUUGGUAUACUGUGAUCCAGGCGAAGGAAUACGCGUAUCAUGCCUUCGCCGCCAAACAUCAAUAUGACGAGAUUGAACCACAGAAAUUGGCGUCGUUGGAAGAGCGGUUGGGACGAGCGAGAGAGAUUGUGGAGAUGCUGGAAAAGGCCGUCGAACUUCUCCCAAAGAACUUUGAAAAGGAACUGGCGGAUGCGAAAAAUGAAAAGGAAAAAUUGGAUAAAGAUAAUAACUUUAUUGUAAGUCUCGUGGAAGAUUGAUUGGAGAUGAGUGAAAUUUAUUUUUUUUAGUAUCAUGCUAGAGUUCCAAGCCGAACUGAGCUCCCGGCAAUCCCCCGGAAAUUGAUUCUCCAACCCGGGGAAUUGAAAUUCCCUUUCACGAAACAGUUCAAAGAUCCAUUUACCGAUCUGGUGUCGGCCGCUGUGUCCAAAGCAGUGAAUGUUUUCCAAGGGAAGAUCAAAGAAAAAGUCCAUCAAGCUGUUAGCAAUUUGAGGAGCAGUGAUAACAAUGUGAAAGCGUAAGUUUAACAAGUUUAUUCGUUGUUUAGAUCUUGUUUACGGAUGGUUUAUGUCGAAUAUUUUAGUGGAUUAGCUUCAAUAAACAUGCCGGCUUUGGUAGAAGACUCCACAAAACAGGAGAGGAUUCCGGCUUCAAUUGUCAAGAAGUCUGAAGCCAUCCGAUCUAAAGGGGGAUAUCACGCGAUCGAAGCGAAGGAAAAACAUCUUCUCAAGGCAUCGGAAGAGACGGCACAGUUGAUUAAUAAGAUCAAGGAGAAGCUGGAUCAAGAAGAGCUGACAGAUGAAGCGUUGAGAGAUCAUUAUUCGGCCAGAUGGACCUGCAAACCAUCAAAUCAGCUGACGAUCAAAUUCAGACAGGAAAUUGGGAAGUAUCAGGGCAUCAAUAAGACGGCCCAGUCAGCAGAUGAGAAGGUUAGAUCGAAAAUUCGAUUAUGUGAGAGGGAUGUGACUGUCAUGACUGGACCAAGGGAUGGAUUACUGGAAAGAGUACCCCCGAUUCAACAGUCAGGAAAUGAUCAAAGCCAAGCUGUGGAGAAACUGAAGGAAUUAUGGGGAGUAAUGGAGAAAGAAAUUAACAUGGUCCAGCGACUGGAAGAGAGAUUGAAUGAGGUGAGAAAAGUUGAAGGGGUGUUUGAUAUUAAUUAAGGGGUUCAAAUGAUGUUUGGAUAUGAUAAAACAAUUAUUUUCAGGUCAAAUUUGAUCCCACUGCUCAUUUCGUGAAGAUCUUGAAACAAGAAGGGCAAUUGGAGGACUCAGAAAUCAACUCGUUCACGGAUGAGAAGCUGAAGGAACUUUUUGAUCGACUCACGGUGGAAUGCAACCAGAAUAUCGAGUUGAGGAAUGCCAUCUUGGAAGAAAUGAAGGUCUGGCAUCAGAAAUUCACCCAUGGAGGAAAUGAGGAUGAUGAGAGGUCAAAGGCUUUGAAGCAAUUGACGGCAGCCUAUGACGUCUUUUUGGAGUGCGAGGGAAAUCUUCAGGAAGGAGCGAAGGUGAGAGGUUUGGUGAUUUUUUGAAGAAUUUAGAUGAUAUCAGUCCUAUAAGGUUUUGAUUUUAGUUCUACACGGAUCUGCAAGCACUUUUGACCCGAUUGAAUCAACAAAUCGAUGAUUUCUGCUUUGCACGACAGACUGAAAGAGAGGAUAUGGUCCAACAAAUGGAAGCCGGCAAACGCCCGGCUGAGGUGAUCCCAAGUGUGGUCACUGCGUUCAAAGCGAAGAAGGGAUUGAAUUUGGAAUCGACUCGUGCCCCUCCUCCACGACCACCGCCACCAAGCACCAUUCCUACGAAUCAGGCACCUUCGCAUUCAGCUAGUAUGUUUAAUUUCCUUUCUUUGAUCCAAAAACUUCGAACUGCCUAGCUUGAAUGAGAUUGAAUGUUUUGGAUUGUGAGAUUCAGCCACAAAUCGAUUAACCCAAUACUUUUCUGAAUUGUCUUGACGUUCCCCCUGACUUUUUGUCUUCAUAUCCGAUCUUAUCCCUGUACAGUGUUUGUAAUAAUUCGCAACGCAUUUCCGCCGGUUUUAACUCAAUAUAAAUUUAAUUCUAAAAGAUUUCGGAAUGUUUGAUCGUACUGCAAUAGAGAUUUGGCUGUAACAUAGAGAAAAGAAAUAAUGUUUUGGUCUCCGCCCACUUUUGAUUGGAUUUGAGUUUAAUUUGGAGAAAUUUUAGUUCCAAGAAUGCCGGAAUUGGAUCAACUCAACCUCAAUCCUCCGCAAAAUGCCCCACAGAUCCCACCUCGACAGUCCACCGCACCGCUGCCACCGGCUCACCAACAACAGCCGUAUCAGCCGAACGUGGGAUAUAACCAGUGGCCUCAGCAGCCACAAUAUGCCGGGUAUCCAGGCUAUGGCCAUCCUCAACAACCCUUCCAAAAUCAACAACAUUUCCAGCCAAUGCCCAAUCUGCCAUUCUACGGAGCCUAUCAAUCGGAAAACAAUGGUAGGGAAAGUUUUGAUCAGUUUUUGAUCAAGGAUGUCAGUUAGAAGAUAAUUAUGAUUUCAGCUUACCAACAGUACGCUGCCCCUUAUCCCACCCAGUAUCCGAAUCACCCUCAGCCCCAGUACAAUCAAUACCAGCCCUAUCCUCAGCAACCCCCACCUUCCCAGCCCCAGAAUCCUGGAAAUCCCUUUACCUAA